GGAUCUUCACAGAGAAGGUUAAAAUUGCCUCUGCUCGGACAACUAGUAGAGGACAAGAGCCCACUGGCUGCCCGGCUACGUAUCAACCUGUUUUAGGUAAAGUAGCAUGUCGUCUGAGCCUAAGUAGUACUUGUCAGUCGCUCCUCUACUUCUUUCCACGUCCCGUAGACCUCCACUCAAUUCAGUUUUUCAAGCAUUGCCGCGCUGCUCUCAUGUCUGAAAGUCGCUGGCAAAUUCUUCUCUACGACAUUGUCAUAGCUGGUUUCCCCAUAUUUCUCUAUUUUGGCCCUGCCCAGCUGUUUUACGACAUUUAUCGUGUCAGGAGGAAGAAAAGUACGUACUACGAGAGCCAAAAUUUUUGUCACGACACAAACACAAAAACAUGUUGUCCUUGUCUUCGUGCGGUGAGAAAGCAUGAGGAUAUUACAGACCGCCACGCCAAGGGUGCAGCUGUUGAGGCACGACCACAGGAGGUGAAACGAGAGCAAGAACAGCACCAGCAGCAAGUAGAACCGCAUCAGGAGCUACAAGUAGACGACAUUAUCCAUGACGCCGUCGUUUGUAAUCCGGUGAUCGACGUGGCCCUCUCGUCGCCGAACAAAAGUGCGAGCGAAAAUGAAGCAAUCACCAUCAGGAUCAGCCUUGGUUCAGGUGCAACAUCCACAAAUGCAGGAGGAGCAGUUGUAGCCAGCACGGGGGAUGACAACUUGAUCAUAGAACAAUCGUCCUCUUCGAGCACGACCGCUGCGGUGUUGGAUCAUGAGAAUCAUGACACUGCUGGCUGUGCUAUUGGUGCACUUCCACCACGCACUUGCUUUGUCAAGGAAGGAGAGGAAGGCGGCACUAGGACUACAAGAAUUUUUCAAAACAACGAUAAGGAGCAGGUUGAGAAGCACCAUAUUCUUCGUGCCGGUGGUUCAGCAAUAACAAUCGCCGCCGAAAACUUAACAGCGGUUGAAAUAUCAAACAAGACCCCCUCGUCCGGGGACGAGGCGUUUCACGUUGAAAGCAGCGACCAAGCACACUUCCACCGCUUUUCAUCCGAGCAGGACGAAAAAAAUGUUGCCCAACCCCAAGAAGAACAAGACCACCACCACCAUCUCUUCCUCGAAACCCCGCCUCUCCAGUUCCUGGCCCAGUGCGCCAACGGGUGGACGUGGACGCUUUUCAUGUUCCUCGACGGGCUCCGUACCGGGAUCAUCCCCUGCACGGUGCAGACGCUUGCGGGCUUUCUCUGGGUCUACCUCUACCGGCAUUGCUACAGAAUGGAUUUAUACGAAAAACAGUUCAGGAGACAGACAAAAAUUCUCCUUUGCUACCUGCUAUUGAUCACGAUAAUCUUCAUUAUCACCGCUGCGAUCGACUACCCGACAGUACUGACCGCUUGGGUCGAUAACGAGACGAAUGACGACUCAUCCGACGCAAGUGAAGAAGACAAAAAUCAGGAUUACAAAUCAACGGUUCUCAUUCUGGAGGUGAAACUUGUAUUCCAGCUGCUCGGCAUGACAACCUUUUUAGUUUACAUGGGCUCCCCGGCGUUCUACGCGUACAAGGCGUUUGAGUUACGGAAAGCGGAGUACUAUGCAUUGCAAAAGCAAAAGUAUCGUACUGGUAUAAAUGCAUUACAAAAAAACUACAACUACUUCCUCAGCAUGAGAAAUAAAAUCUGUAGUGCGGAUUCACCUUUAGAAAAAAAUUUGUAAUGCAUGAUUGCAAUUACUACGAGUGCGAUACUUUUACAAUUCAUAAAUACAUGGGCUCUUUCGCGCAGAAUUUUUUCGGCUUGUUCGUCUGCUCCUCCUGGGCGUUUCACUUGCUGGUAACAGUCGACAAUGCGGAGUUUCUGGGCGCCGCGAAUUUUGCCGCCGCGGUCUUUUCGGCAGGGUGCCUGCUGCUGAGGUUAUGGCUGUGGUGGACUUCUAGCAAGGAGAGAUAGAAGCGUAGUGUGGUGUCUUUUGACAAUCUAUUGCUUGGAGCAGCAGCUCAUCUGUUGACCGAUAUAUAUGAUGGUGAUCAUCCAGGUGGUGAUCCAUAAUUUUUGCGAACUGAAACUCAAACUGAUAAACUGCUCUGUUUUAUUAGCGCCUUCCCUUUCUACGUGUUCCUCGUAUCAGCUGUGCUACUCCUUUAAUUGUUGCCACGCUUGCUUUUGCAUGCUCUUGAAAGAACGGGGAUAAACAGGCGCUGGCGCAGCUCACAAGUAGUUGCGUCUCGACACAUAGUACAGUGGCGCAACUUUGAUGUGGUAGUAGCAGUUUCGUUUUUGAUGUUGGACAUGAACUAGGAAAAGUACGUGAAGCAGCAGCACACGACAUUGGGUACUAGAGUCCUACUUCGUAAAAGUAACGAUUUCCAACCUCCGAUCGCAAUAACGUAAUGCAGUAUAAUUGUUUCCGUGAAACAAGAAAACGAAAAG